AUGGAACAUUCAUUGCUGUUGGGUAUUCAAAGUCAUAUCUGUCUUGCUAUCAAAUCAUUUUGCAAAGUCACAUUUUUUCUGUUAUGGCUAAUACAUAAAAAAGUUAUAUACAUCUCUUCUGCUUUCACACAGACCACACAUAAAGGUAAUGUCACCGCAUUCUUCUUUUUGGGAUUUAACAACAAUGGUGUAUAUAAUCUGCUGCUCUUCACCUUGGUCCUUAUUAUAUACAUUGGGACAAUAUGUGGAAACUUUUUGAUCAUCAUGCUGGUAUAUUACAGUAAGACCCUUCAUUCCCCCAUGUACUUCUUCCUCUCCCAACUCUCUAUAUCUGACAUCAUGCUGACCACAGAUAUCGCUCCUAACAUGUUACAUAUUGUUCUACAUGAGAGGACCUCCAUAUCCUUUUCUGGUUGCAUCACUCAAUAUUAUGUCUUUGGCUCAAUAGAAGUAUUUGAAUGUUUCCUUCUGACAGUGAUGUCCUAUGACCGCUAUCUAGCCAUAUGCUCUCCUCUGCAUUAUACCUCCAUCAUGAAACAAUCACUUUGCAUUACAUUACUUCUUGCAUCCUGGAUUUUCAGCUGUUCUAUAACAUUAAUAUCAACACUUGGCUUAUGUCAACUAGAAUUCUGUGGAUCCAAUGUUAUUGACUAUUUAUUUUGUGAUUUCAAUCCUCUUGUGGAACUUUCCUGCUUAGAUACAUCCAGAGUUGAAAUGGAAGUUACCUUGUUGUGUGUUCCUGUGCUAAUAUUACCCUUCCUAGUGAUAGUGAUUUCAUAUACUUACAUUGUUUUAACAAUAUUAAAGAUAUCCUCCUUUUCUGGAAGACUGAAAUCCUUUUCCACCUGUAGCUCCCAUCUCACUGUUGUGUUUAUAUUUUAUGGAACCCUAAUUGCUGCAUAUAUGAUUCCAAAGAAAGGACAAUCACAAACGAUCAGUAAGAUAAUGUCCUUGUUGUACACGGUUUUUACUCCCUUUGUAAACCCUUUCAUAUACAGCUUGAGGAAUAAAGAGAUCAAGGACAGUUUAAAGAUGUUAUAUAUAAGCUUUUUAUUUAAAACCAUUAGUAAAAGUUAA